AUGAAUAACCAGCAGUUUCGCAAGCUUGUGCUCACUUCAUCCGGCAAGUCAUCCAAAGAUGAUUCUACGAAAUCCAGGCCAGCGGCUGCUGCUGGCAGCUCACUGGGUUCGCGGCAACGGAGCAGCAUCCCUAUGACACCACGCGUCCUCGGAGGCUCACAAGCAGACUUUGCGCGACAGCUGGCUGACCGCAAUAAUGCGACCAAGCCUCAGAAACAGUACAAGACGUCGGCCCCUAGAGGCAGCAAACUCGCCUCCGGCUACGUCGACCGAGCGAAGGAGCGAACGGAUCAAGAGGGGGACGAUCGCGAGGAGCGAAUCAAGGCACUAGAGGAGUUGCUAAAGAAAGAGGAAAUCGACCAGGAGACGUUUGACAAAAUGCGAUUCGAGAUCGCUGGAGGUGAUCUCGAAAGCACGCAUCUCGUGAAAGGCCUGGACUUCAAGCUCCUAAAGAGAAUAAAGCAGGGAGAGGAUAUCUACUCGGGGAAGCCAGCAGAGGCUCACAAGGAGGCCGGUGAGGAACAAAACGACAUGGAUGACGCAUUCGAUGAGCUUGAGCAGCAGGACGUUGUGGCGGUCGAGAAGGAAAAGGCCGAAAAGAAGAAGGGUCAACUCUCUACAGUUUCUCUAGCGCCGGGAAAGAAGCGAACUCGCGAUCAGAUCCUUGCGGAUCUUAAAGCUGCACGGGCAGCCGCUAAAGCCAGCCAGGCGCCGGCUUUGGGUGAUCGGUUUCGCAAAAUCGGCGGCAAAAAGGAACCCGGGACACGAAUGGAAAUCGACAGCAAGGGACGGGAGGUUCUCAUCAUUGUGGACGCGGAUGGGCACGAGAAAAGAAAGGUGCGGAAGUUGGCACCAGGUCAGACUGAGGAAAAGAGCGACCUCCUAAUGCCAGACACAAAUGCUAAGCCCUUGGGGAUGGAGGUUCCCGAGCAAUACCAGAAACAGGAAGAAGAGCCUCAGGAAGAUGAAGAUAUGGACAUUUUCGAGGGCGUGGGCGACGACUACGAUCCCUUGGCUGGGAUGGACGACUCAGACUCCGAGUCCGACUCUGAGGACGACGAGUCCAAGCCGAAACGAGAAAAGAGAACAGAGGCAGAGGGCGAAGAAACAGCGGAAGUACGAGCAGCGUCUACAGAAGGAGAGGCUCUGCCGAGACCGGAAGCCAAAGCAAAAACAGACUAUUUCAAAGGCGCCAAAACAGGGUUGCUAUCUUCAGAAUCCACCAAGGCGCCAUCAAUGUCAGAUCCUGCUAUCAUGGCCGCAAUCAAAAGAGCUGCAGCUAUCAAGAAGUCAACAGCAGAUAAGGAAGAAGGGUCUGAUGAGGAGGAGGAUCUGGAAGCCGAGGAGAGGAAGGCCAGAGAAGAACGACGGCGACAGAUGUUGCAAGUAUCCAACAGAGAUGAUGAGGAUCUCGAUAUGGGCUUUGGUACCAGCCGAUUCGAGGAUGAGGAGGACUUUGGCGACUCCAAAGUCAAGCUAUCGGCGUGGGACGGCGAUGGCGGUGAAGGUGAUGGUUCAAGGGGCGGGAAGUCCAAGAGGAAAAGGGGUCCGAAGAAGCGGACAGGCGACGCGAACAGCGCUGCUGAUGUGCUGCGGGUGAUGGAGCAGCGGAAGAAGUCAUGA